GUUAAUGGGUUAACAACAGAGACAAAAAGCCUUAUAACAUGUAGAAGAUGAAGUCCACAUAAUUAAAUUCGUGGUUUAGCUUCUUUAGCUUCUGGAAUCUCCGUACUAAAGGCGCCGGAGAUCAGAAGCUAACACGGGAAGAAUUAGCCGGAAGAAAUGGCUUCGCUAGGUUUCAACCUCGGCUUCACCUUCUCCAAUGCUCAAAUUCAGCAGCAUCGAAAAGUUUCCGGAGGUGGAAGGGUUCGCGUUAUCUCAUGUAACAGCUCGUCUUCUUCUUCUUCUUCUCAAGUAUCAUCUCCGCAGGGGAUUUCUGCAGCGAAGCCUCCUGAGAUAGAGCUCGAGUUCUUCGGUCCGAAGCCGGGGAGCGACGGGUCGUAUCCGGUGGAUAAAGCAAAGGCUGUGAGUGGAGAUAAGCUUCUGAGAAGCAUUAUGCAGGAUAACAAAAUCGAACUCUACGCUGCUUACGGGAAAGUGAUGAACUGUGGAGGAGGAGGAAGUUGUGGAACUUGCAUUGUGGAGGCAAGUGACUUCUUAUCAUAUUCUUUAGAUUAUGAUUAUGGAUUUGUGAUACUAGAUGGUAGAGAUCUUCUGAACGAGAGAACAGAUACCGAAAACCGGUACCUGAAAAAGAAGCCGGAAUCUUGGAGACUCGCAUGUCAAACAAUAGUAGGGAACAAAGAAAACUCAGGAAAGGUUGUCGUGCAGCGGAUUCCACAGUGGAAGAAGUGAAUCAACCAGUGAAUCAAUGUAAAGCCUUAUUCGUUUCAUAUAUUUAUGUGUACAUAACACAUCUCUGUAUGUUGUCUCGUAUUAAUGGAGAUACGUUCGUCUAUCUAUAUGUAUUUUCUUGAGUUCUUGAAUAUGGUGGUGCCAUGAUAGUGAAAUUUCUAUUGAUAAGAAAUAAAAUCAAAUAAC